AUGUCCCUAAUAAGAUCACACAGCCGGUGGCCUGGAGGCAUCCCCUCGUUCGUUCGCCGCUACGAGGAACCCGUGGACCCAGGAAAUUUUGAUGCCGCCUCUCGUGCAUGGAGACAUUUUGUUCGUGAUCAGUGGGUCAAAGGCGACGCCUCGGAUCAACAGAAACGAGCUUUAAUCGAACGCUGGGCAACAGCAGACCAACAAUUUCGCGAUAGCUAUCAAUCUCGAGCACCAGAGGAUGAGCCUAGUUUUUUUGAGGAUCCCGAACUUGCAGACCUAGACUUUGCAGGAAAUGACGUUCAAAGUUUCUGCAUGGUCUACUUAUGCACCACUGAAUUGACCCCCGAGAAAGAAGCCCUGCUAGCUAAGUACGAAAUGAUAAUGUUUCCCCCCUUGGAAGAUAAUCAAGGGGAUAUUCUUGACACGUUCAAGUUCCAUCAAAGUGUCGCCCGACCCGACUUCCUUGAUAUGCACAUGGCGCUCGAUGGAACCGUACUUUUCAGGGACCGCUAUCCCAAGCUCAUUAUCGAUGACCGGACCCUUGAGACCGGACUGGGGCUUUGGGUUGACUUUGCAACGAACGGCAUCUACGAGAAGGCCUGCCGGGCUCAAAUUAUGAUGGAGGAAUUCGGCCACUUUUAUCGUGAUAUCGGUCCGGGAAAUCAGAUCCCAAUCGAGCAGGCGCUGAUAUACAUCGAGUCACGGUCAAUAUACCAAGGCCGCGAUCGAGAUACAGAUCCAAGAGAGAUCUUGGAGGAUGAGCCAGUCGAUAUGCGACGGCCGCUCGUGGAAAUCUACAAAGGGAGUGAAGUCGAUCUAGUGGAUGACUAUGCGCCAGGCUUUCGCGAGGCGGAGAAGCAGGGUAACGGCUUAGCGAUCGGAUAUGGUUUGGAACAGAUACUUGUGAAUGAUGGAAAUCCCCUGACUAUCACAGAUCAUGGAAGCGAUCAUUAG